AUGAGCAGUAAGGAGUGCUUCAAGUGUGGACGCAUUGGCCACUGGGCGCGGGGAUGCUCUAGAGGAGGAGCUCGGGGGCGUGGAGCUAGAGGCCGUGGCCGUGGAGCUCAGUGCAGUUCAACCACCCUACCCGUCAUCUGUUACCGCUGCGGUGAGUCUGGUCAUCAUGCUAAGGACUGUGACCUUCUCCAUGUCAUCUGCUACAACUGUGGGAAAAGUGGCCACAUUGCCAAAGGCUGUGCCGAGCCUAAGCGAGAGGGAGAGCGUUGCUGUUACACCUGUGGCAGACCAGGCCAUCUGGCUCGUGAUUGUGACCAUCAGGAAGAGCAGAAGUGCUACUCUUGCGGCAAAAGAGGCCACAUUCAAAAAGACUGCACCCAAGUCAAGUGCUACCGUUGUGGCGAGAUUGGCCACGUGGCCAUCAAUUGUAGAAAGAUGAGUGAAGUCAACUGCUACCGCUGUGGCGAAUCCGGACAUUUAGCCCGGGAAUGCCCAAUUGAGGCUACCGCUUAA